AUGGGCGACCGCGAGCGCAACAAGAAGCGGCUGCUGGAGCUGCUGCGGGCGGCGGGCACGGGCAACGCGCACUGCGCCGAUUGCGGGGCCGCGGAUCCCGACUGGGCUUCCUACAAGCUGGGCAUCUUCAUCUGUCUGAACUGCUCCGGUGUCCACCGAAACUUCCCAGACAUCAGCAAAGUUAAAUCCGUGAGACUUGACUUCUGGGACGACAGUAUUGUGGAGUUUAUGUCCCACAACGGGAACCUCCGUGUGAAGGCCAAGUAUGAAGCCAGAGUCCCUGCUUUCUACUACAUCCCCCAGGCGAGCGACUGCCUGGUCUUAAAGGAACAAUGGAUUCGAGCUAAGUAUGAGAGACAGGAAUUUAUGGCUGAUGGGAAAACCAUCUCACCCUCAGGUAACCGAGAAGGGUUCCUGUGGAAGCGUGGCAAGGACAACGCGCAGUUCCUGAGACGGAGGUUUGUCCUCUUGGCCAGGGAAGGCCUUCUGAAGUACUACACUAAAGAAGAGGGUAAAGGCCCCAAAGCUGUCAUCAACAUCAAGGACUUGAAUGCCACCUUCCAGACGGAGAAGAUAGGGAACCCCCACGGGCUGCAAAUCACCUACAGGAAAGAUGGCCACAUUAGGAACCUGUUCGUGUACCAUGAAAGUGGCAAGGAGAUAGUGGACUGGUUCAAUGCCCUCCGCGCAGCCCGCCUGCACUACCUAAAAACGGCCUUCCCUGAGCUCCCAGAGUCUGAGCUCGUGCCCCUCAUCACCAGGAACUACCUCAAACAAGGCUUCAUGGAAAAGACUGGUCCAAAGCAGAGAGAACCUUUCAAGAAAAGGUGGUUUGCCCUGGACCCCCAGGAACGGAGGCUUCUCUAUUACAAGAACCCCCUGGACCCCUUUGAGCUGGGCCAGGUGUUUCUUGGGAGCAACGAGCAGGGGUACGAGGUGUGUGCAGACCUGCCCAAGGGCAUCCGAGGGAAUCGCUGGAAAGCCGGCCUCACCGUGGUCACGCCUGAGCGCAGAUUCGUCUUCACCUGCCCCAGCGAGAAGGAGCAGCAGGAGUGGCUGGAGAGUUUUCGGGAUGUCCUCUCCCGUCCCUUGACACCCCUCAACCUCCUCACGGCAUCAACAGAGAGCGGCCACAGCAGCAGGUGACCCACUGGCCAAGGAACUGGCUGGCCACGGGCCAUGGGAGCUCUUGGUGGGAAGGAGAGCUCAGCUCGGCCUUGGUAACCCAGCAGCAGUGCCCUGCAGUUGGCAGCCAUCGCUGGCUGUGAACUCUGCCGAGGCUAAAGCUUUGGCCUUUACCCGCCGCUCCCCGGGCCUCACCUCUGCAUAGCCCUGGGAGUCGGGGGUCUGGCACAGGUCCUCGAGGCCCAGGACGUCUCCAGUGAACGCGCUGCAAUGGAAAGACCCCCACAGCACCAUACAAGUGACAUGUUUGCCCCCCCCCCCCCGCCACACUGCAAAAAAAAAAGUUUAAUCUUACUCUAACCACGAAGAAAUAGACAAGUCUAUAUUUGGGAAAUUCUGAAAAAUAACUGGCCUGGACUCUUCAAAAAUGUCCAUAUCAUGACAGAAAAAGUAGUGUGGGGACUGUUCUAGAUUAAGGGAGACUAGAGAGCAACACAAGGCAAUUUGUGAUUCUUGAUUGGAUCCUGGGUUUUACAAAACAGCUAUAAAGGACAUAAAUUUGAAUAUGGAUGUAUAUUAGCUAAUAAUAUUGUAAGGUUGUGAUAAUUAUAUUGUAUUUGUGUAGGAAAAUGCUCUUGUUCUUAGAGCACAUGUAUUGAAGUGGUCAGGGUAAAAUAUAAUUUUCAGUCCACAACUGACUCUUGAAUAGUUCAGCAAAAAAUAAGUGUAUGCAUUCAUGUAUAUGUAUAGGAUAUAUACAUAUAUAGACAGUAUAUACAUAUAUGUACUAUAUAUUCUGUACAUAUGGAAGACGGAAUAUAUAUACACACACAGGUGGAGAGAGACAGAGCUGGAGAGCUGCUGUGCAAAAUGUGAGCAAUGGAUGAAUGUGCAGCCGUGAUUUCCAACCUUGGCCAUCUCCUGGCACACACGAACUAAUUAUUAAACUCUGCUGCACACCAAAAAUGUAUUUUUUGCCAACCUGGCAAAAAUUACGUGUAAUUUUGAUUCAUUCAUACCAGAUAGCUAUUGUGUCGGUUGCUGUUAUUUUUUAAUUUGACAAUCUCAAGGAAAGAGGUCAGUUUAGCUCCUGACUAAAUAGUCAGGUAUUGCAUACCAAACUUUUUAGUACCAUGAAAUCCAUUUGUAAAAUCACUUUAAUAUGCAAAGGCAGAGAUAUGCAAAAGGAGAGAUGCUGUCCUUGGUGUCUUUGGGACACAGGCCGUGGCAUGCUAGAGCCAGCUUAUAUGGUAUUGCAUGUUUUAAAAUUUCUUUCAGCACAAUAGUUGAAAAUUGCUGAUCUAGAUGAGUAUAAAUGGGUCUUUAUUGGCCUAUUCAUGCAAAACAUAUAGAUUUGAAAGUCUUCAAAUAUAAAACUUAGGGGAAAUUAAAAAAAAAAAUCCACUUUCCUGCCCUGGCUGGUAUAGCUCAAUGGACUGAGCACUGGCCUGCAAACUGGAAGGUUGCUGGUUUGAUUCCUGGUCAGGACACAUGCCUGGGUUGCAGGCCAGAUCCUUCAGUUGGGGACGUGCAAGAAGCAAUCAACUGAUGUUUCACACAAUGAUGUUUCUCUCCCUCUCUUCCUCCCUUCCCCUCUCUCUAAAAAUAAAUAAAAUCUUAAACACACACACACACACACACACACACACACACACACACAUCCACUUUCCACUACUGAAAAAGUGUUCUCUCUACAUGAAUCAAAAAUGUUCCUCGGAGAGUUCCAUCUCUGUGCACAUUUUAGAAGAAAUAAAAGCCUAGAUAAUACAAAAA